UUCGUUAGUGUUAUGGUUUUAUGAAAACAAUCCGAAAAUUGCCAAAAAUUACGUAUCAAUUUGUAACCUUUAAAAUGUAAAAAAAUAUUCAAUGUAAUCGUGCUUAGUGUUUAAUAAGCCUGCCGACUUUAUUAUCCAUGCCGUGGUUAAACCACGAGAGGUUAAAGGGAUAAACAUGAAAUUUAGGUUUAUUUCUUCGUGUUUUUGGAGCAAUGUCGCAACAACCAGAGGCAUUUUCAAACGGCUGGGCAAUCGAUACUACGCCGCCUACUGACCUCGACAGACCCGAAACGGACUACCACCCUGUCUUCAAGGCAUUCCUUGCCGGCUCCUUCUCUGGCACGUUCAGUACAAUUCUGUUCCAACCAUUGGAUUUAGUGAAGACAAGAUUACAGAAUCCUACCCAAAAUGUUAUUGCGACGACUGUCAAUAGCCGAAUCCAACCCGGCAUGAUCUCGAUCUUUGCCAAUAUUGUUCGUACCGAGCAUAUUGUUGGGUUAUGGCGUGGCAUGGUACCCUCAGUUGCUCGUUGCGUUCCCGGGGUUGGCCUUUACUUCUCUUCCCUGCAUUGGUUGAAAGUCAAGAUGGGAAAAACUAGAAAUCAAGAUUUAGGUGCAAUGGAAGCAGUUGCACUCGGGGUUAUGGCUAGAACCAUGAGUGGGGUUGCAUUGAUACCAAUUACAGUCAUCAAAACGAGGUAUGAAUCUGGAGUCUAUAAAUAUGAUAGCCUCGGCGGAGCUCUUAAAGCAAUCUACAAAGCGGAAGGUAUCCGAGGUUUAUCUUGCGGUCUUGGCCCCACAUUGGCUAGGGACGCUCCAUUCUCGGGUCUUUAUUUGAUGUUCUACACUCAAGCCAAACAAGCUGUACCAAAAGAAUGGUUACAAUCGCCCAGUGCCGCCAGCGCGGUACAUUUCAGCUGUGGAAUCGUGGCCGGCAUAGCGGCAUCUUUGGUCACCAAUCCCGCGGACGUCCUCAAAACUAACAUGCAGCUAUACCCGGACAAGUUCCCGAAUGCUUUUAGCGCGGCUCUAUACGUACACCAGACAUACGGAGUCAAAGGCUAUUUUAAGGGAGCAGUACCUAGAAUGCUGCGCAGGACCCUAAUGGCUGCAAUGGCUUGGACUGUGUUUGAAGAAAUAACUCGUACGAUAGGCUUAAAAUGACACAAAACAUCGCAAUUUUCAAUCUUGAUAAUGUUUGAUUCCUUUGAUUUAUACCUAGGUAGUUAUAGUGAGUGUUGCCCUUAACCACCGAAUCGUGAAAGAGUUCUGUGGAUGUUGCUACAUUCAAAUAAUUCUACCCUUGUGUAAAGGCGAGGAUCGUGUAUGGUUCGCGUUAUCGGGUGCUAUGUUCCUAGUUAUGCUUUCAUAAUCGAAUAUACCUACAUUAAUGUAGUUACUUUAUUUUGAUUAAUCACAUUUCUUUUUUAUUUUAAUUAGUGGCCGUGUUGUUUUUUUCCUCUUUUACUUUGUUAUAAAAAGUGCGGUGUAUUUUGUUUAUAUAAUCCAUUUAAUGAACCGGAUUCUAUAUAGAGAUUGUUACAUAUUUAACAUUAC